GUUUGAUAAAUAUGAGAACCCUUUUCAAGAUUUCACUUCCGUUUUUUGUCGCUAAGAGAUCUUGGCAGUCCGUUAUUCUAUUUGAAUAAUGUACAACUGGAUAAAGUAUCACUCAUGAUGACACGCUUUAUCUAACAUCUGCGGAAUGGAAUCCUACCAAUAUACCGUUAAGUGGAUUUGUUUGGUUUUCACAGUACAAACGGCGGUUGGUGACGUCCAGUUAAACAAAGUUCGACUGGUAAACGGAAAUUCGUCGGCGGAAGGUCGGGUAGAGGUGUUUUACAACGGAGAAUGGGGGACAGUGUGUGAUGAUAAUUUCGAUGACAAAGAUGCAGCUGUCGUCUGCUCAAUGCUGGGUUACAACAGAAUAAAUGCAAAGGCGAAACACCAGGCAUUUUUUGGUAUCGGAGUAGGGCAAAUUUGGAUGGACGAGCUCCAAUGUACCGAUGCUGAUGUUGAUUUAUUUCAUUGCUCUCAGAGGCCUCUGGGUUUCCACAACUGUGGGCACAAUGAAGAUGCAGGGGUAGUGUGUAACUUUGAUACGGCACCUAACAUACGAUUGAUGGGUGGAACUUCUCCGAUGGAGGGAAGAGUGGAGAUUUAUUAUAACAAUGAGUGGGGUACUCUUUGUGAUGACUCAUGGGAUAGCAUGGCCGCGUCUGUCGUCUGCUUCAUGCUGGGAUUUUCAAGAGAAAACGCCAUUCCGAAACCCUCUGCGUAUUUCGGUCAGGGGCGAGGUCGGAUUUGGAUGGAUGACAUUGUAUGUCAAGGAACAGAACGAGAUCUUUUUCACUGCAACAAAUCAUCCGUGGGGACCCAUAACUGUGGACAUUCAGAAGACGCGGGAGUUAUUUGUUCAUUAGAAGGAGCUGUGCGCUUAGCUCAAGGUUCUUCCUCUCUGGAGGGUCGAGUGGAGAUAUAUAGCGAUGGCUCCUGGGGCACAGUCUGCGACGAUUUGUGGGAUAAUGAUGACGCCGCGGUCGUAUGCUCCAUGCUAGGUUUUCAAAGAGAGGGUGCUGUUGCGAAAAAAGGGGGAGAAUUCCGUUCCGGCGUUGGUGACAUCAUGCUUGAUGACGUACAGUGUAAGGGUACGGAGAGGUCUAUUUACAAUUGUUCACACAGAGGUUUGCGGCGGAACAAUUGCAGGCACAUCGAGGACGCCGGAGUAGUUUGUAAAGAAACCCAAACUGGUGGCGCUGUAAGAGAUUGUGGGGCUGCAGAUAUCUUAAUUAUGAUGGAUGAAACAGGAACUGUGGGGCCAUAUAAUUUUAACACCAUGAAAAUGUUUGUGAAAGAGUUUAUCCGAGGUCUUAAUUCUCUGUCUCUAAGAUUUAGCGCUUUGACUUUCAGUAGUUCCGUAUCAAAAAUAUUUGGAUUCCGCAAUUUUUCUAGUCUAUCUGUCAUUAUGUCAGAAAUAGAUCGAGUUCGAUAUUCUUCUGGAGGAUCUACAGAGACUGACAAAGCGUUGAGAUAUGCAAGGACGUCCAUGUUUAACACCACAAGGACAGACGCUUCUAAAGUCGUCAUUCUGAUUACGGAUGGUGUAUCAACUAAUCAGGAGAAAACACGGGAAGAAGCCGCCUUACUGCGCAGUCAAGGAGUGCGCAUCUUUUCGAUUGGAGUAGGAAGAAGCAUUAUCAAAGAGGGACUGAGUUUAAUAGCGUCACUUCCGAGUGAUGAGCACGUAUUCCAAGUCCCGUCAUUUAACACUCUUUCACAAAUUUUGAGCGUUGUGCAAAACAGGACAUGUGCAGCAUCCAAUGUUAAUGGUGGUUGGAAUGCAUGGAGUUCUUGGAGUGCUUGCAAUGUCUCAUGCGGAGGAGGCAACCGCGAAAGAUUCAGAAUAUGUAAUAACCCUGUGCCCAGAAAUAAUGGGCGUCCGUGCCUUGGUGCAGAAAAUGAACUCGAUAUCUGCAACAUGACUCCCUGUCCUGUUGAUGGCGGAUUCACGGAAUGGACCAGCUGGUCACACUGUACAACAAGUUGUGGUGGUGGGACUAAAAAUAGAAAUAGAACAUGUACUAAUCCCUACCCUAGAUAUGGUGGUCUGCCAUGUAGUGGACUUUAUUUUGAAUAUGGAAGUUGCAAUAAUAACUUUUGUCCCGUUAAUGGUGGAUUCUCAGAGUGGAGUGUUUGGGCUUCUUGUACAGAUACUUGCGGUGGAGGUUUGUCAAGUAGAAAACGAUUUUGUAACAAUCCAGAACCUCAGUAUGAAGGAGAUAAUUGCACUGGUUUGUUUGAGGAAACUAGAAUUUGCAAUAAAAUACCCUGUCCAAUCGAUGGUGGUUUCAGCGAAUGGAAUUUGUGGAGUGUUUGUUCUGUUUCAUGUGGCGGUGGAUUAAAAUCAAGAAAAAGAACAUGCACGAAUCCGUUGCCACAAUACGGAGGACAAAAUUGCUCGGAUUCUUUUGAUGAGUCAGAUACUUGCAACACAUCACCUUGUCCUGUUAAUGGUGGUUUUGGAAAUUGGGGUACAUGGUCAGGUUGUUCUAGAAGCUGUGGGGGAGGUAGCAGAGAGAGGAUGAGGUUCUGUAAUUCUCCAACACCAGCGCAUGGCGGUGAAAACUGUAUUGGAAACACUUCGCAAAUAAUAUGGUGUAACGAAUUUCCUUGUCCAGUUGAUGGAAGAUUUACUGAAUGGAGCAUCUGGACUGAUUGUUCGCAAAGUUGUGGAGGAGGUGUAGUUAUACGUAACAGAUCAUGUAGCAACCCCCCUCCACAACAUGGAGGAAAGCCUUGCAAUGGUCAUUUUUCCGAGUCUCUAAAUUGUAAUGUACAUCAGUGUCCCAUUGAUGGUGGGUUUUCUCUCUGGAGUGCAUGGUCAUUGUGCACUGUCUCUUGUGGUGGUGGAACCUCAAUUCGAUCCCGAUCCUGUACAAACCCAUCUCCGUUAUAUGGCGGUAAAAACUGCGCUGGCGCAAAAGAACAAAUUAUAAACUGUAGUGUACAACAUUGUCCAAUUGACGGAAAAUACAGUGACUGGACUGCAUGGUCAUCAUGUCCUCAUUCAUGUGGUGGAGGAUUUAUAUCAAGAUUACGAAGGUGUAACAAUCCACCUCCACAGUACGGUGGAAAACAAUGCAGCGGGAACGAUAAAGAUUAUUCAAAGUGCAAUACACAGCCGUGUCCAAUUGAUGGGGCUUUUGGCGAAUGGCAAGCAUGGUCUCAUUGUUCGCAUAGCUGUGGAGGGGGCAAUAAAAAACGGUUAAGACAAUGUAAUAACCCUUUUCCGGCAUUUGGUGGAAAAAACUGCACUGGACUAUUCCAUGAAUCGUCAGAUUGUAAUCUUACUCCGUGUCCAAUUAAUGGCGGUUUUAGUUUCUGGAGUGAAUGGUCGCAAUGUUCGGAAACUUGUGGCGGUGGCGUACAAGGAAGAAAUAGGUCAUGCACAAAUCCAGUCCCAUUGUAUGGUGGCACAGAGUGCGAUGGCCAACGACAAGAUUUUCUUGAAUGCAAUACACCCGAAUGUCCCAUAGAUGGAAGAUAUUCUGACUGGGGUGCGUGGACCUCAUGUUCCGUUACCUGUGGAGGAGGUACACAACUGCGAAAACGAACUUGUACAAAUCCACCUCCACAAUUUGGAGGGAAAGAAUGCUCCAACGAAUCGGAACAAUCGGAAAACUGCAAUACAAACAACUGCCCAGUUGAUGGUAAAUAUUCUGACUGGGGUGCGUGGAUGUCCUGUACCGUUACAUGUGGAGGAGGUACACAAUUGCGAAAACGGACCUGUACAAAUCCACCUCCACAAUUUGGAGGUUACCCAUGUGCUGGCCCAGCAAAUGAAAUAACAGAAUGCAACACAAAACCUUGUUCAAUUUGUAAGAAUCCUGACACCGAAUUUGAAUGUCUUGACAAAAUGGGAUGUGUUUCUUAUGAGUAUAAAUGUGAUGGAUUACCGGAUUGCACUGACGCAAGUGAUGAAUCAACUGCUGUGUGUUCUAAGGAUGGUGGGUCCUGUCCAGAAGGCCUAUAUAAAUGCCCUGAUGGUUCGUGUAAACUCAACAAAUGUUGAAUGUUAACAUUAUUUUGUGCGACUAUUCGUGUAAGAAUAUAAUUUUUGUUGAGAAAACUUAAACAUACAAGAAAUACUUUUC